CAACAACAGUGAAAUAAAUCUGUACAUUUUGCAGAGGCAACUUUAUUAAAAUUCGAAUAAAAUGUGUUUAGUUUUGAUGCAUCCUGCGGCAGGCGGCAUUACCCCCACCCCCUGCUGCUGCUGCUGCUGCUGCUGAACCCCACCACUCACACAUGUUGAAAGUCGGGCUCAGAGCGUGUCUGUGUGCUGUUCGUGUUCGCGGAGCAUAUGGUUGUGUUUGUGCCUGAAGAAGAAGCAGAAGCGGCAGCGGCUUGCGGAAAAAUCUGCUGCAUAAGCGCGGACUUGGGAGGAAAAAGGAGCGAAGAAAUCAAGGUGCACGAAGCGGAAGAAGGCGAAACAGAAGAAGGAGAAGGUACAGCGGAAAACUCCAAGGUUUGAAACAACAACUACAACGACAGCCGAGAAGUGGUGAGGUGGAAAACACGGGACGGGGGAGGAGGUGCUGAGGCAAAGAAGAAGCUAUAAACGAUAUCAAAGCCAAUAGGAAGGAAACGCACACAAAGAAAAACCCAAAGACAAAGUCUUCGUCGAGUCUAAAAGAGAGAGAGGAAGAGAGAGCGCCAAGAACGAAGAACGGAGAACGAAGAACGGAGCGUUGUGAAGAGCGUGCUAAACGGGAAGAGAAGAGAAGGAAAGAGAAAAAAGAAAGACGAAGAUAGAGACGGGAGACAGCUGCUGGCGGUCAGCGACUACGUUGGACAAGACGUCGUUGAAAAGAAAAUAUUGCGCAUACGCCGCGUGAACCGAAGGCAAAGAACAACAAGCCGUCCCGCGCUCCUCUUGAGAACCGUUCAAAAAGGAUAGCAAGAAAGCCAGCUCAGAGAGGGGAGUAGAAGGAGUAGAAGGAGGAGUGAGAGAAGAAGCAGGAACAGGAAAAGGAUCAGAAGAAAGUAGUAGAAGGAACAGGAGCUGGAAGGAGCCAAAAAGGUUGCAGGAGCAGGAUCAGGAGCAGCAGACCCGAGGAGUGAAUCACACUGGAGGGCAGUGUGACAGAGAAACAAAUUUCAAACUGCAGCCGUCUAUAAAUCCAGCUUCACGACGUCGUCUUGCAAACGGCUGAAAAUGGAGAAGACUCCCCGGUACACGCAGCGGGAGCGUAAUAUGGUGCUGAGCUAUGCCGCCCAGUACAAGGAUGUGAUUGAGAACAAACGCACCGAUGCCGAGUCCAAUCGCAAAAAGGACGAGGUCUGGCUACAGAUCGCCAAGGACUUCAAUUCGCGGGUGUAUCAUCAGCGCAGCGCCAAGCAGCUCCGUCAGCUAUACAAGAACAUGAAGCUGCUGCUCAAGAAGGAUCUGUGCGGCGAGGAUAAAAGCAAUCACUCCUUCAUGGAUCUCCUCAAUACGCUCUCGCAGCAGGAGUCUGUGGCCCAGUAUAUAGCGGAGCAGCUGUCGCCGGAGGGAGCGGGCGGUGGUGGGAGCAAGCAGGGAGGACAUGGCAAUGGCGGUGGCCAAGGGAAUGGACAUCAUGGCGAUGACUAUGAUGACUCCAAAGUGGGGCUUUACGUCGAGGGCAUGGACACGGAUGUGAUCGUCAUCAAAUCGGAGACAAUUAGCGACAACGAGCAGACGGAUAAUGGCAUGGAUUGCCUGGAUGACGACGAUGAUGAUGAUUGCAUGAGUCCCAAGGCGCCGGAGGUAUGCCUGGAGGAGGAGGACGAUGUCCUCUUUCCCACAGAUCUCCGUCAGUUGCAGCAGCAGGUAGCCACCGGUCCCGGUGGAGUUAACUCCUCUUCCGCCUCCUCAUCUCUGCUGCCCGGUAAUAAUAACAACAAUGGUGGACUGACUGAUCCCCUUCGCCGUGCCGCCGCCAGUUCACCGGUGUGCUCAACAAAGACCUCGGUUAGCUCCAGCGGCAGUUAUGUAUCAUCAACGCCCAAACCGGACAUUUCCAUCCAGACGGUGGGACACAUACGAGUGGGUAGCUUUGCCAACAUUAAUAAGACGCUGCAGAACGGCAGUGCCGGUGGUGGUGGUGGUGGUGGCUCCUCCAGUGCAACAGGGAUCUCGUCCAGCAAUGGUAUUGGCGGUACCAAUGGCACUGCCGGCACCGUACUUCCCCUGACAGCGGAACAAGUCCAGCAGCAUACCCUGCUCAACGGUCUCGGCCUCUCCGCCGUGAAUCCACCGCAGUCGCUGCAGGCUGCCAUCAAUGCUGCCACAGCCUUUGUGUCUGCCACCUCAUCUUCGGUGGGAACUACUGGAAAUCGUCGGACACCGCCCACGCUCCAACUGCCGCGACUUCAGCGGGGUAACAACAACAAUAAUAGCAACGCCAGCAACGCUGGCAAUGGCAACACAAACAACUCUUCCGGUUUGCAUAGCAAUGCCAAUGGAGUGCAGCUCCUGCUCAAUGGGAAUCAUCAUCAGCAGCAGCAGCAGCAACAGCAGCAGUCGCAAUCGCAUCACCAUCCUCAUCAUCCACACCUGUCGCGGGACAAGACAGGCGGCGUGGCCAUUGGGGCAGCGGGCAGUUUCAAUGGCUACAAUGGACUGGCGGUGGCGGUGCCCUGUGGCAACCUGAAUACCAGCAGUGGAGCAGGUAGUGGAAGCGGCAGCGGAGUCAGCAGUGCCAACAGCAGCGGCAUUGGCGUUGGCCUUGGCAUUGGCGUGGGAAACAAUACUGUAGUCAGUGGAGAAGGAAGCAGCAGCAGCGGCGGUCGAGGAGUGAAGAGACCGCAUCAGGAGUUAAUGGAUUCGCUGAAGAUUGAGGAGGCACAACGGAAAAUAGAUCUGCUUAAUGCCCAGACCGAUUACUGGCUAACGCUGACGCGCAAGAUCAACAGCCAGGAGGGAGCAGGACAUUUCCCGAAUCCAGCGUGUCCGUGUCACUUUCCGGGUGCCAGUUUUCUAUCCCCAGCGGUGGUCCAAGCAGCCGCCGCUGCUGCCGCCAGUGCCUCGUCGUCCUCCUCCGUCGCCGUCACCGCAUCCGCCAAUGUUAAGCCAACGCAGGACAAUGGCAGCUAGUCCGCAGCGAA